UUAGUCUUUUCCAUUCAAAAAUUAUGAGUGGAUCUUUAAUAAAAUAAACCAUUCUGAUUUCUAUCAUGAAUAUCAGAUACAUGAUCUCUCCUGGAGGAAACCAUCAUUUAUAAAACUAUAUUUUAGUAUCCUGCAAGUUGUACUAUAUAGAUAUACUAUUCUGCAGAACUCGAGAAAAAUAUUGAGAUAAAAUUUGAAUUGGUAUCCUCAGAAAUAUUAAAAACUCUUCCCCAGAAAUUUUGUUUCGUUCUUGGAAUGAAAUCCGUAAAAUAUAUGACUACCAAAUAAAUCUGCGCUAGUUUUUCUGCAUUCAUACAGCACAAGCGAUUUUACUAUACAUGUAUAUAAAAUGGAAUUCUUAUUAUGGUUAGUCUCACAAUGAUCUCAUAGGAACCCGUGGCAUAAAAAAGGUGAUCAAAAGUGGAUACGUAUUGAUUAAAGCAUGAGUCUUAAAAAUACCAUUAACGUAACUGGAAAUAGUGAACGCAUGCUUGUGUAUACUUUGCUGAUGCAUUUUCGUGUUGCAACUACUUGUAUUCGGUGGGUUAUUAGUGUUUAGGUGUAUAGUUAGACGCUAGAAGGCUUAUAUACUAGGAUUCUAUUAUUAUACUAGGUCGCUGGCUUACACUCAGUCGGUCUUGGCUCUCCAAACCACAAGAACGUGCUUCUUACCUAAGUUUCUUUUUUUUUUCAAUGUAUUUGGAAUUAUUCUAGCUCAUAAAUAAUAAAUUACUUGGAAUCAUAAAUAAUGUCUCGUUAUGGCGAUGGCUCUCCAUAUCACUAUGGUACAUCGUUUUCCAACCAUAGUUCCUUGAUGACAUCCACAGGUUCUGGGCGUAUUCACGGUCCAUUGGUUUCACGCUACUCACCACAUCUAUCAACAAUAUCAGAAUCACCUCUCAAUCAUUUACGACGUUACUCUCCGGUCAUCGCUGCUGCCUCAAGACCCAAAAGAAUAGACACUGCAGACAUAGAUGUAUCCACUCCUAAAAAUUUAUCACACACAACUCAUCAUGGACGAAAUGGACUACGAAGAGAUAGGCCAACUAUUAGAAUAAGGUCACAGGCUCUUAAAGACAAUCCGGCUCUACGGGAACUCAAUGAAAAACAUGAGAAAACUGUGGGAGAACUACUGGUUGAGAAAUUCUUGAUCAGAGACAAACCAGAAUCUGAUUCUAUCAAAGUGGUCAAAGCUUAUCACCAACCCAGCCUGGAGAGAGUUGGGCAUGAUGCACUUCAAAAGAAAAUAACUCGAAGAUUGACUCGUAGGCGUUCUUCACUAGAAAUUCCAACUGAUUCUGAGAUAAUUGCCAGAGAAGUUAUAAUUGCUCAGGCGCAGGCUGAAGCGUUGGACAGUUUAGUCGAACAGGAACAAGCUCAAAUUAAAGUUGAAGCACGAAGGAGACUGUCUCGAGACGUAAUUAUCAUUCCAUCGCGGACUUCAGACGAUGAAUCCUGCACGUUUGGAGAAUUAGAUCGACCUAGCUCGAUGAAAGAAACGGUAAAAAAAAAUAAAAAAAAGAAAAAGGUUCUCGAUAGCCCGUUAUCAGAAUCAGAUGAUGUUGACAAUACACUGGAUGUAACCGCAAAAUUCGAACAAGCUAAGUCGGAUGGCAACUUAAUUUUACAAGGUCAUUCAUCACGUAAGAUUGACGAGGAGGACAGCAGAAUAAGACCACAGAAAUUCAAAAUAGAAGCUUCUAACAGUGUAGGUGAUUUUUCAACCCUAUGGAUAAAUGCAUCUUCCGAGCCAAGUAGCCCUAUAGCUCCAGAACAAUUUCGAGAGUCAAUUAAACUACCAGCUCCGAAAAGCAAUAAAGGCCCAUUAGCGUCCAUCGUCAAUGAUAAUAAAUCAGAGAGUGAUGACGAUUUAGUGGUGAUGGUAUUACCCAAGCAUUACGUUAAAGAUUCGUCAAGGAAUAGCGUCUGUCUCACACUGAAAACACCACCUCCACAACCACUAGUCCCACGAUUCCAAAAAUCCAGCAAAUCAGAUAUGGUAGACGAAACAAAUCCUUUCUUUGGGUCAUUGACUAACUCUAGGCAUUUGCAGAGUCAAAUCGAUGGCGUUACUACAGUAAUUGAGCCCAUUGAUGAAAUUAAUAAUUCCAAACCCAAAAUAGAACCAACAGCAAAUGGUACCAGUCUACCAGUCAAGGUGGAAAAGUCCCCUGAUUUGAUUGGUGACAAAUCAACAGCUCCUGUACGUAAAAAAGUUCUCAAGCAAGAGAAAGAAUCAAACACAAAGAUACCAAAUACUACCAUCAAUCUAACGAAAAAUCCCAUAAAGAAACCAAAAGCACAAUUGAAAGACAUUGGCUUAAAGAAGAUGCCCGAGAAUCUCAAUGACGAUUCAAAUAUAAUAUCUGCAGUAUCAACAAAUAUCAACAAUGUCCCUGUACCUGAGACAAUCGUCAGACAACCCAAUCAAUGUCCGAAUGAUAUUGCAGAGCUUUCAAAAUCGAUACAAGUCAUUGUUAAUCUUGGCACAAGUUCAGAGCCAAAAGUGGCGACAGAAAAGUCACCCCCUCUGCCUGUUGUUCUAGACCUUAAAAAUGUAUCUGGCUCAGAUGAUCAAGGCAUAGUGCCUGUGCCUGAAGUAGAUUUUUGGGGGGAAAUUAAUCCUGAAAGUACCCUGAUAGUACCAAAAGCAAAACUAUCAGCAAAGACGGAUGAUCACACUGUUGUCAAAGAUCCUGUGUCUUCUAUAAUGGAAAUGGUGGAUUUAAGUGACGAAAAACUUGUUGAGGAUUCUUCAGUAGAAGAAGAGACGGACUUAGAUGUGAACAGUUUACUCGAAGAUUCAAUAGCAACAAUUGAAGACAUUUCCGAGAGAGACAGAAAAGACGAUGAGCUUUCAUUAACGGAUGUUAGCACUGCUGUAAACAGUAGUUUAUCAAAUCUUAUAGAUGACAAAGUUUCAGAUAUGGAUGAGUUCCUGGAAGAGGGCACCAGUGCCAAGGAUCAGGGGAUAAGUAUCGUUGCAAAACUAGAAAAUAAUAAUGAUACCCAAGCAAUAACUUCGUCUGCGGAUAAAGAUAGCGAUGAGUCGCCCACACCAAUUGCUGUCCCAGAGCAAAUAGUGAGAAAUUCUGUAUCAGAUACUCCGCUCCCAACAAUAAAUAUUGUAGCAGCUCCAGUUACGCCAGAACCGAAUGGCUUUGACACUGAAGCAGAUGACCCUAGUACACCAACUAAUGAAUGGCUCAAUACCAACUCGACUAUGUCAAAAUGGGUGAGCCAAAAUGAUUUGACCGAAGAGCCUGAGUUUGACAAAGAAGCAACACCUACACCACCAAGUGGUCCAGAUAUUGGCUCAAGUCCUCAAUCUUCGAAAAAGAAAAAAGUUAUCAAGAGGAAAAAAUCUGUAAUCAAGAAACAAGGUAGCGAAGAGAAUGGUGCAGUACUCGCCAAUCACGAAGUUAUUAAGCAGGUCACAGAAAAACCUGCUAAACUGAGUCCACAAAAUUCACCUCAAAGUUCACCAAGAUCGAGUCCAAGGAAUAGUCCCAAGCAACGACCUCUCGACUUGAUCAGAAUGUUCUAUACUACCCCUGGACCACUGCUCACCGCUACUCCAAGAGACUUGUCAAAAGUAAGGAGAGGAGGUCGACGUCGUAAGCGUAAUUUAUCUACAGCCUCAUCUGCUAGUGACAGUACAGAAAGUACUAGAAGUACGCAGAGCACAGCAAGCACUGAAGAUAACAGUUCAACGUGUAACGAUGGUAUCGAUGAUGCCAAAGAUGAGAAAAGACUGACAUCUACGAGAAGUAACGACUCUGGCUUUGACGGAUCCCCAAGACUGACGAAUUGCGACAUGGCCUGUCAUAAGAAGUGUGAAAAAUUGACUGGAAAUCUAUGUGGACUGAAUCAAAAAUUAGUUGCUGAAGCUUUGCAAUCUCUAAAGAGGGCUCCGUCACAAUCGUCUGAUAGCCAGAGAUCUGAGAAACCUAAUCGAUUUCAAAGUGGACGUAUUACACCACCGGCCACUAAUUUACCGAGAUUUAAAAAGUAUGCUGUAACGGAUUUCAAUUUCCUCAAAGUUUUGGGUAAAGGCAGUUUUGGCAAAGUGUUGCUGGCUGAGUUGAGGAAUACAGAUUGCCUCUACGCCGUUAAGUGUUUGAAGAAAGAUGUAGUACUGGAGGACGAUGACGUAGAAUGCACCUUGAUAGAAAGAAAAGUACUGACUUUGGCAACGAGACAUCCGUAUCUGUGCCAUUUGUUCUGUACUUUCCAAACAGAUUCACAUCUUUUCUUUGUGAUGGAAUAUCUUAAUGGUGGUGAUCUCAUGUUCCAUAUACAACGAGCUGGCAGAUUUCCAGAGCCAAGGGCACGAUUUUAUGCAGCUGAAAUCUUAUCAGGACUCACCUUUCUUCAUAAAAAAGGAAUAGUUUACAGAGAUUUGAAACUGGACAAUGUACUCUUAGAUUUUGACGGACACAUCAGAAUAGCAGACUUUGGAAUGUGUAAACUACAAAUAUAUCUUGAUCGGACAGCUGAUACAUUUUGUGGCACUCCAGACUACAUGGCUCCAGAAAUAAUAAAAGGACUCAAAUAUAAUCAGGCAGUAGAUUGGUGGUCCUUUGGUGUUCUCUUGUACGAAAUGCUGACUGGACAAUCACCGUUUUCAGGCUGCGAUGAAGAUGAAUUAUUCUGGAGCAUUUGCAACGAGCGGCCUUUCAUACCACGAUACUUGAGUCAAGAAUCAACUGACAUAUUGGUCUGCUUGUUGGAAAAAGAUGCAGGAAAACGAUUACCUGGGCAUGAAAUCGCAGUCCAUCCCUUCUUCCAGGGGAUCUCGUGGGACAGACUGGAGAGAAGACAGCUGGAGCCGCCGUUCAAACCAGCGCUAGAACACACCCUUGACACCCGAUACUUUGACGCAACUUUUACCGCUGAGCGACCCCGCCUCAGCAUAGUCCCGGAACAAAUACUCACCUCUAUGGACCAGGGAGUUUUCAGAGGAUUUUCCUACACAAAUCCCAAUGCAACGGACUGACGAAACUACUUUUAGUAAUUACCUAGCGUAUGAAGGAUGCAUAAUUGGCAUCAAAACUGAAAAAUUUUCAGUAUCUGGUAUCAAGCAGCGAUAGCUGAGCUCUGCUCAAGCUUCUCCCGGCGUUUAAAAUAGAUAUACUUCAUGUCUUUUGACUUUACGAUUGCGUCGCGAGGAGAAAAAAAGAAAUAGAUACAGAAAAAAAGA